UUAAAAAUAACCCAGUUUUACCCUCAGGAGACUAUAAAAGGCUGGGUACUCGGGCCACUCUAUCUGAGAAGUCUUCGAAAUGACUGCCAAGAUUCUGCUGAGCCUGCUGCUGCUGUUCAUAGCCUCCGAACUGGUGAUGGCCCAGUGCUCCCACAACCAGAACCUCUGUCCGGUGGUCCAAAACCCCAAUAAGCGGUGUCGGGGAAAGCUGCAGCACCAGUGCGUCUGCGAUUUCACCUGCUCCGAGUGGGACAAGCCCUGCAAUUGGGUCCUCAGCUGCGAGGCAGAGGUCAACGACAUCAAUGCGGCGCGCAACAGGAAGAACAAGCUAAACCUUCUGAGAUUGCCCAACCUCAACCACACGGAGUGCCUGGACAUCAACGUUAACACCCACAAGCAUCCAAACUGUUGCAACCUGUUCUGCAACGCCAAUGUCAAGGAUGUGUGUUUCUAAAUAAAAAUAUGAUGAUUCUAAAUAUAUUGUCUUUGUAGUUACUUUAAUCUUGCUUUAAUAUGAAUUUAUUUGUUUUUAAAAUAGAGCUUUUUUUCCAUUUAUUUA